CCGUACGUUCAUCCUGUCGCGAUGGUCGUCUCCGAAUUCAACUUCUCCCCAUGACGAAGCUCAUAUUCCCAAGGUCAAGAGCGUCGGCGCUCUUGCGAGGCACUUAUGGAGUUUGCCAGGCCGCAUUAAUACCGGCCGCAGCGUCUUCGUCAAGUCAGCCCAGGCCGUUCUCCGUGCUCAGCCGGCCGACGCCGAACUACCCAGGCCACGUUCCGCUCACACGUGUCGAGCGUGCUGGGCUGGCUAUUGGGUCCGGCAUUAUGUCCUUCCUGGACCCAUACCGUGGAGACCUCAUUGCCGCCUUCGCCGAGGCAACCUCGUCACCCUACUUCAUCCCCCGCCUCCGCGACGCAAUGCUGCGCUCCCCAACAGGCCGACGCAUCCUGCGCGACCGUCCUCGGCUGACCGCAACGUCUCUCAACCUCCCGCACCUCCGGACCCUGGGCCCCAACACCGUUGGCCGCACUUACGUCGGCUGGCUCGACCGCGAGGGCGUGUCUCCCGACACGCGGUCUGCCGUCCGCUAUAUUGAUGAUGAGGAGUGCGCCUAUGUCAUGCAGCGGUACCGCGAGUGCCACGAUUUCUACCACGCGCUGACGGGCCUGCCCAUCGUGCGGGAGGGAGAAGUCGCGCUCAAGGCCUUUGAGUGGGCCAACACGGGCCUGCCCAUGACGGGAUUGAGCAUGUUUGCCGCGCUGACAUUGAAGCGGCGCGAGAGGAGGCGGUUCGUGGACACGUACCUCCCCUGGGCGCUGAGGAACGGCUGGAGGAGCGAGGAGGUCAUUAAUGUCUACUGGGAAGAGGAGCUGGAGACCGAUGUGGAUGAGCUGAGGGCGAGGUUAGGGGUGGAGAGGCCGCCUGAUCUGAGGGAGAUCAGGAAGAGGGAUAGAGAGGAGAGGAAACGGCAGAAGUUGCAGGCCUCUGGUGGUCGCAAUUACUCGCAGACAGCAGCAUGAAGGCCUUGUUUGGGCGGUUUUGUACACUACCACUCACCUGUACCGUUACCACGAGGCUCAUAGAGUCGCUAGGGCAACGCAUAGCCACUUC